AUGCGGACCUACGACGACACCUUCAGCGGCCAGAAGAUCUACCCUGGCAAGGGCAAGCUCUAUGUCCGUGGCGACAGCAAGAUCUUCCGCUUCCAGAACGGCAAGUCCGAGAGUCUGUUCCUCCAGCGCAAGAACCCCCGCCGCAUUGCCUGGACCACCCUCUACAGGAGACAGCACAAGAAGGGUAUCUCUGAGGAGGUUGCCAAGAAGCGCUCCCGCCGCACCGUCAAGCACCAGCGCGCCAUCGUCGGUGCUUCCCUCGAUGUGAUCAAGGAGCGCCGCUCCCAGCGCCCCGAGGCCCGCGCCGCCGCCCGCCAGCAGGCCAUCAAGGACGCCAAGGACAAGAAGGCCGCCUCUGAGAGCAAGAAGAAGGCUGAGAAGGCCAAGAACGCCGCCGGCGCCGCCAAGGGCCAGACCCAGAGGAUCCAGAGCAAGCAGGGUGCCAAGGGUUCGGCUCCCAAGGUUGCGGCCAAGAGCCGUUAA